AUGAAUUCAACACAAAGUGAGGAUGAUGAUCAUGAAAACUUGUGUUUUGAUCUCAAUAAUAGUCCUCCAUCCGAUUCGUAUGAAAAAGAAGAUGAGGGUGCACAUCCUUUCAACUUAAACUUGCCACCAAUAGAAGAAAUAGAGGUUGUUUAUUUGGAUGGUGAUGGUGAUGGUGAUGGUAGUUAUUUUGAAGAAGGAUUUGAGGGAGAUUUCGUUAACGACUUUGAAGAGUUAGAAAAAGAACUUGGAGAUGAUUCCUUUGAAGAAGAGUUGGAGCAAGGAUUUAAUGGUGAUCAUUUUGAAGAAACUAACGGUGACAACUUCGAUGAAGAAUCGGAACAAGAAGCUAAUGAUGAUCAAUCGGAACAACAAGAAGGAACAAACGAAGGUGCUUCAUAA